CCGUAAAAGGGUUCAAAAUGUGAUCGUCUGCACACCUUUGACCUUACCAAGAUGGCGGCCGUAGUUUGCACGGAUCGCAUUUUGGAGGCGAUCGACACGGUUUUGUCCCAAACAGACCUGCCUGGUGACCUCCAGAAGGAGCUGAGUAGAUACAAGGACUCACACUCCAGCGACAAGCCAGGAAACAUCCCGUUCCAGACGGUGCAAAAACUACAGGAGCGGCUAGAAGAUGGAGAGAAGAAGCAGUACCUUCAUGAGCUGCUAGAGGGCAGUGAUGUCUUCUUCCCACCAGUGGAGACACCUCCAAGGAACCCUGAGCUGGUGGCCAGACUGGAGCGGCUGAAGAGAGAGCAGGAGAAUCGGCAGUAUGCACAGAUGACACGCGACAUGGGCAAGAAACCUGGACAGGGGGCGCUGUCAGACUUUGGUUCUGAAGAAGAUGGUGAUGACGAUAAUGUGUCACCUAAGGAAGUGAAGGUGUAUCUGAUGGCUCUGAUAAACUUCAUGGUGUCCGUAGCAGCGGCUUUCACCUUCGGCUACGUCGGGUCUGAGUACGCUUUCGGGGCCUCCGUCACUCUGAGAGUGAUGACAGGCAUCAUCCUGGCCACCAUGGUCGCCAUGGCUGACAUCUACUUUAUGGCCAAGGUCGUGGAGGAGGAGGUCGAGAAACACGAGAAGCGAAAUUGAGACCUACGUGCAACACCCCUCACCAGGAAUGGACUGGUCCAGACUACAAGGCGCCACACCCCUCGUCAAGAAUGGGAUGGUCUGAGCUACAUGCACAAGGAAGUACUAGUAAUGGCCCAAAUAGCAAGGAGAAAACAAAAUUGGAAUUCACAGGAACUAGAAAUGAGUAUAUAAUAUAUAAGCCUCCACAUCUACAAGCUAGUGACUGAGUGAGUGAGUGAGAGUUAAUUAGUGAGUGACUGAGUGUAAUUAAGUGACAGAGUGAGUGAGAAAGUGAGUGAGUGUGAUAUUAGUUAGAAAACAAAUCUCUGCAAACGUUUACAAGUAUACAAAAGUAACCCAAGCCGCUUUAUAGACUUGCAAAUGGUCAGAUGUUCCAGUUAACAUUUCCUGUCUUGGUUAGUGACAAGGCAAUAGCCUAAGGGCAAAAAUGUUUGACUUUAGCUGCAGUUUUCAAACUGGUCCACAGGGGGCACUGCAAUAUUGUCUCAGUCUUUCAGCACUCGAAAGAAUCCUUUAAAUGAAUUUCUGUCGGACGAUGGUGUUUGCCAACACAAAAAGAUGUAUCAAAACUUGCAUAGAAUAAACAAGAGGACAAAUUAACCAACCAACAAUCAGCAGUUAAAGUUUUAAGCCUUUACUAACAUUACAUGUAUAGAUGACAAAGUGUUAUAGACGCAGUCUAUAUAUGUUAUUAAUUAUCAUAUACCCAGGCCCCGCGGACCAAUCAGAAGUCCCCGUUCCACGUUGGUUAUGACGCCGUAACACAAAGAUUCAGGCCAGGCAGGUGUGUAUCGCUCCUCUGAUUGGUCAGAAUGAAUCGACACCGGUGCUGGUGUCGAUUCAUUUUGACCAAUCA